GCUUCAAUGCCACCACAUGGAUCAUUGGGAACCCAACUUUUCUUUUGUCACCAUAACCACUCUCAUGUGACCCACAUCUGCCCAGCAUGACUUCAUUACCACCUUUUCAAUAAUUCGUCUCCUUCUUCAACUUACAAAAAGCAGCCAUGGUCCAUGUACCUGUGUAGAGAAGAUAAUAGACCCAUUCAUAAUUCUUGUCCAAUAAUUGAAAGAAUGUCACAUAAGCCAAGAAAACUUAUAGGUAAUCUAUAACUGUUUGUGAGUAAAACAAUUAUCUAUGAUCCAGACCCAUCUAUACAAUCACUCUCUUAACCUUGUCCAUCAUCACAUGUUCUAAACAGUUUCAUGUUCCAACCACCUCUAUUACUGGAUUCAAUUCAACUCCACCUCAUAAGUCAUAUCAAAUAGGCUUCUUCUUCUCCUGCUUUAAAUCUAAUCAUCACUUCCCUUCCUUCACAGAAUUCAAGCUUUAUAUAUCGAAUUUUUGUGACAGAAUCUAUCUAGCUAGCUACCCUGUUGAAGAAUCUAAUCUCUCUCUCUGUCUCUGUAUUGUUACAAUUCAAACAAGACCCUUGCGCUAGUUUACAUGAGAGAGUGUGAUCAGCUGAGGCUGGUCUGAUUGUGUGUACGUUUAGAUGGGGAUUGGCAAGUUGUUGGUGGACUAUUUAUGUGUAUCUUCAUGCUCAAACUCCUGCUUCUGCAUGAAUUAUGGCUUGGAAAACCAAGAAUUAGAUGACUACUUUGAGAAGAAACCACUGGUAACAAAUCAAAGUACACUCAGAUUGAAAGAUGUUCUUGCUGAUAAUAGCCAGACUCUGGCAUUUCAAUUGAAACCCAAGAUGGUGGUGCUAAAGGUAUCAAUGCAUUGCAAUGGCUGUGCAAGAAAAGUAGAGAAACAUAUAUCCAAGUUGGAAGGUGUUACAUCAUACAAAGUAGACCUGGAAACCAAGAUGGUAGUGGUUAUUGGAGACAUCUUUCCUCUUCAAGUGCUUGAGAGUGUCUCCAAAGUCAUGAAGAAUGCACAGAUCUGGGACUCCCCACCAUCCUCUUAUGUGUUAUGAAAUUCAAAACCAUCAAUAUAUAUAUAUAUAUAUAUAUAUAUAUUGCAGUAAUUAAUGAUAUUAUAUUAUGAUGAUAUCCACUAAGGCUGUAAAUUGUAAUACAUAUAUAAAUGUUUUCAC